CGGAAAAGAAGGACAGCAACCGGACACAAGUACCGGACCGUACAAUAGACGAGCAAAGGAUCGAUGACUCUUGCUUCCUCAUUAUUGCUCUCCACUUCCGGUUUUCUUCUGGGUUGGCUACUAUUAGUACAACUGUUGGGGCUCUCGAUCGCAACGGCAUGGAGCGCUUUGGUCGAAGACGAAUGGCUAGGCGUCAAACCUCCCAAUGGCACCUCUCAUGCCGCUUCCAUCAACCUUUGGAUGGAGGAGGAGGCAUCCGUUGCAUGGACGUUGGAAAAGUUUGUGGGAAACCUCCCCAACGAUUUGGUGGCAGUGGCAAGAACCAAAACUGUGCUGGAUGACGACGACGACAACGAGUGGAGCGUUGUCCAUCAAGAAGAGCAGCCUUCCGUGUCGGAACAAGUGUCGGUGGGACCUUACCAGGUUUUCUUGUACAACUAUACCAUCGAUGGGUUGCUGGAUGAUACGUUGUACCGAUUUGUCGUCAUGACUAGGGCUGAUGGACUUGUGUGGGUCACCAUCAACACUGAAGCAGGCACAUUGUACAGUAUCAAUGGAAGCUCCAUGGAGGAGGAAGACCCCACCAUUGUGGUUCUACUGUACGUGAACCAGAAUGGAACGGUCCUGCGGGCUGACGAAGAAGAAGAAGACGAAGCCAUGCCAAUCACACAAGACAAUGCUUCCAUGGUGGAUCUUUUUGGGACUUCUUACAACAUUUCGAGUACUACCAGUCUCCGUCUUCGCAACCAAGACAUCACCGGGACCAUUCCCACCGCUAUUGGCCAAUUGACGGCUCUAGACGAAAUCACCCUCAGCUUCAACGCACUGACGGGGACAUUGCCAACCGAAUUGGGCUGUUUGACCAAUUUGGUUUACAUGUCCGUAACCUAUACACAGCUCACAGGAGGAUUGCCCACUGAAAUGGCACAACUGACGCGGCUCCAAACCUUGUAUUUGAGUCGCAAUCAAUUGCAGGGCGUCUUGCCUGGCAGGUCAUUACCACUGUCCGUGGAAACUCUGUGGCUGGAUUACAACCAGUUCACGGGGACUCUUCCCACUGAGCUGGGGACUUUGACGGCAUUGACUUGGUUGGACCUGCACCACAACAACCUUACGGGCUCGCUGGCUCCGGCUCUCGUGCAAUCUCUGACGGCAUUGCACGGACUAAAUCUCAAUUCCAAUCAAUUGACUGGGUCCUGUUUGGUGGCAACAUGGCUCACAGCAUUGACCGAUUUGGGGCUGGGCCAGAACCAAUUCACCGGUGUCCUUCCUUCUCAACUAGCAAUGCUGACGGCCCUCCGUUCCGCAUGGUUCCAUGGCAAUCAAUUUAGCGGCAGCCUUCCUACGGAACUUGGCUUGUGGACCCACAUGACAACUCUUAGUGUCUUUGGCAAUAAACUUUUGGGCAACAUUCCCUCCGAACUGGGCUUGUGGACGGCCGUGGAUCGAUUGGAGCUCUUUGACAAUGCCUUUACGGGAAGCAUUCCAACGGCUAUUUGUGACCUUUCGUUACUUACGUUGUUGCGAGUGGACUGUGACCAACUAUCCUGUGACUGUGUGCCGUGUCGGUGUAUGAAUUAGCUAGCUAUUGAAAGACAGAAAGCAAAGGUCGCAUUUACAGUUAGUUACUUUUAAAACCCAGAUCCAAUCCCCGUUGCGGGUGACCACGAACACCCCUAGUAGC